GUUCGAUAGCAAAAAUUUCCAGGAGUUCUUCCUCGGGAAGUCAGCUCGUCGAUCAUCGUACGAUGAAUAUUACGCGAAGCUGGGCGAAAUAAUUCAUGGUGGUUGCACGGGGGAGCGUAUCGCGCGGCCCAUCAGCGGUGAAAUUUGCAUCGGGCCUUCGAGGAUGAUGUGGACGUCUGGAUGGUCAUUGGCAGACCAAACGUGAUGAACUUACUAAUUUCCGUCUACCAAGAAUCGGCCAUUCAUACAAUAUUCAAGAUCCUUAGGCACAGGUCGCUAUAUAACACCCUUCCGCGGAUCGAAUCAUCAGUCUUUACAGGAUCCUCGAAGACACAACUUUUAUCCAUUGUUCUUGCCGAUUCGACGAAACGCUUACAACAAAAUUUCGAUCAUGAUUCGACAAGCGUAUCUAAUCGUGCUGUUGAUCGGUGUAUGCACCGUCGUUUGGACUUUUCCGCAACAACCAAAGAUCAGUAGACGCCCCGCUCCGGAGUUCAAGAACAAGACUGGCGGCCUGGAACUUCCGGACAACGCGACGGUGAUUCGAGAGAACAUCGUAGACAAUUUUUCCUGCAAAGACAGGAUCUACGGUUACUACGCCGACAUGGACAACGACUGCCAAGUUUUCCACGUUUGCUUGCCGCAAACUAGGGGCGCGACUAGGUGGAGCUUUAUCUGUCCAGCGGAGACCGUGUUCAAUCAGGCUACGUUCGUUUGCACGAAAACGGAGAAUUCCAUACCGUGCGAGGAAUCCGAGAAGUUUUACGAGUUGAACGAAGCGAUCGGUAAGGAAGUGGAAGAGGAGGAGAGCGACAUGGAACAACCGCCGAAGGAAUCGGAUACCGUGGAAACGAUCUCGAGCAAACCACCGGUUAGGACUUCGAGGAUUUUCAGACGGAAGAAGACGUCGCGACAAGAGUGAUUCUUCCUAUGCGAUAAC